GACCAUCGCAGAGCGGGAGGAGCUCCAAUACUGUCCCAUGGCCAACGAGAACUUUAAGAACAACGACUAUGAUUAUCCUGAUUACUCUGAUUACUCCAAUUACUCCAAUUACUCAAGAGGGACCUGGGACCCCAAUGUCCGUGUGGAUGGCACCUCUACCCACCACUACCCUGCCGACAUCCUUGCCCUCAUCAUCUACACGCUGGUCUUCCUGGUGGGAGUGCCGGGCAAUGCCCUGGUCAUCUGGGUGACCGCCUUCGACCUCAGGCGCCUUGUCAAUGCCAUUUGGUUUUUCAACCUGGCGGUGGCCGACCUCACAUCCUGCCUGGCUCUGCCUGUCUUGUUUGCCACGAUCGUGAACAAAGGCGUAUGGCCCUUCAAGGACUCCGCCUUUGAGGAUGCCAGCUGCCACAUCCUGCCAUCCCUCAUUUUGCUCAACAUGUAUGCCAGUAUCCUGCUCCUGGUGACCAUCAGCGCCGACCGCUUCCUCUUGGUGUUUAACCCCAUCUGGUGCCAGAACUUCCGCCGGGCCAGCAGAGCUUGGAUGGCCUGUGCCGUGGCCUGGGGUUUAGCCUUCCUGAUGAGCAUCCCUUCCUUCCUGUACCGCAAGAUCCAUCGGGACCCUUUCUCCGACAGAAGUGUCGUCUGUGGCGUCGACUACAUGGAGGGCGGUAUUGUCAAGGAGAGGACGGUGGCCAUCCUGCGCCUCCUCCUCGGCUUCGUGCUGCCUCUGAUAGUGCUCACCAUCUGCUACACCUUCCUACUGCUCCGGACCUGGAGCCGCAAGGCCACGCGCUCGCCCAAGACUCUCAAGGUGGUAGUGGCUGUGGUGACCAGCUUCUUCGUCCUCUGGCUGCCGUACCAGGUGUCUGGGCUCAUACUGGGUUGGCUGAACCCCUUGUCGCCCUAUUUCAACCAGGUCUCCAAGCUGGACUCCCUGUGCAUCUCCAUCGCCUAUGUCAACUGCUGCGUGAACCCUAUUAUCUACGUGGUGGCCGGCUGGGACUUUCUGUUCCGGCUCCGCAAGUCACUCCACACUGUCCUCCGCAACGUGUUGACCGAAGAGUCCCUAGCCAGGGACAAGUCCUGCACACGCUCCACGCUGGAUACCUUGUCCCAGAAAACCAGUGCUGUUUGAGGCCUGGACUUCUUGGCUUCCAUGAGCACACCAUAGUCCCCUCCCUUCCUUUCCAGCCAACUGGCUUUCCCCUCAACCGUUUUUUGGUGGUCUUGGAGUUUGAACUCAGGGUCUCAUGCUUGCUAGGCAGCAGCUUUACUA